CUGGAAUGUGGUGAUGUGGAUGGACGCAUCACCAGCACCGGCCACAGGGUCCUGGGUAGGGUUGGAGGGGUGAUAUCAUCAGAGAUGCAGCCUCCCAAGCUGCUCUGGCUGAAAGCAAACAUGAGAGAGACCUGCUGGUGGGACGCCGCCCACUUUCUGGACCUUCUUGACUUCCUGUCCUGGAAGGACACAGGUUCUCGGGCCAGCUACAUUAACAGUGUAAAUAAUGAAACCAAGGGGUGUUUUGUGGUUCCAGGUGUAAUUGGUGCAGACAUGAGGGGUUUUUGCCUACCCUGUGAGGACCAGCUAAUCACAUUGCACAUGGCCAUCAUCUGUGGAACAUCUUCCAGUCACAUGGCAAUCAGUCAGGGGCCCCUGAUUGUCCCCGGGGUGUGGAGACCCUACCUGUCCGCCAUGGUGCCUGACCUGUGGCUCAACGAGGGAGUACAGAGUGCUACUGGAAGACUGAUUGACCAUGUGGUGGAAGGUCAUGCAGCCUACCCCAAAGCUGCAGGAGCAGGCUGUGAAAAGAUCAGCUUAUUUGCAGCAAUAUCAUAUCCAUCAAAACAACAACAUACCUUUCACCUGGAACAGACCCCUCAUUAACAUUGACUUGGCUGUAGUGGAGUGGGUCGAGAGUUUCAAGUUCCUUGGUGUCCACAUCACCAACAAACUAUCACGGUCCAAACACACCAAGACAGUUGUGAAGAGGGAACGACAACACCUUUUCCCCCUCAAGAGACUGAAAAUAUUUGGCAUGCGUCCCCAGAUCCUCAAAACGUUAUACAGCUGCACCCUCGAGAACAUCCUGACCGGUUGCAUCACCGCCUGGUAUGGGAACUGCUCGGCAUCCAACCGCAAGGCCUAACAGAGGAUAGUGCAUAUGGCCCAGUACAUCACUGGGGCCAAGCUUCCUGUCAUCCAGGACCUACAGUGCCUUGCAAAAGUAGUCAUCCCCUUGGCAUUUUUCCUAUUUUGUUGCAUUACAACCUGUAAUUUAAAUAGAUUUUUAUUUGGAUUUCAUGUAAUGGACAUACACAAAAUAGUUCAAAUUGGUGAAGUGAAAUGCAAAAAAUCACUUGUUUCAAAAAAUUCUAAAAAAUUACAAACAGAAAAGUGGUGCGUGCAUAUGUUUUCACCCCCUUUGCUGUGAACCCCCUAAAUAAGAUCUGGUGCAGCCAAUUACCUUCAGAAGUCACAUAAUUAAUUAAAUAAAGUCCACCUGUGUGCAAUCUAAGUGUCACAUGAUCUGUCACAUGAUCUCAGUAUAUAUACACCUGUUCUGAAAGGCCCCAGAGCCUGCAACACCACUAAGCAAAGGGCAUCACCAAGCAAGCGGCACCAUGAAGACCAAGGAGAUCUCCAAACAGGUCAGGGACAAAGUUGUGGAGUAGUACAGAUCAGGGUUGGGUUAGAAGAAAUAUCAGAAACCAUUAAAUCCAUAGAAUAUGCCACCACAACAAACCUGCCAAGAGAGGGCCGGCCACCAAAACUCACGGACCAGACAAGGAGGGCAUUAAUCAGAAAGGGAACAAAGAGACCAAAGACAACCCCGAAGGAGCUGCAAAGCUCCACAGCGGAGAUUGGAGUAUCUGUCCAUAGGACCACUUUAAGCCAUACACUCCACAGAACUGGGCUUUACAGAAGAGUGGCCAAAAAAAAGACAGAGCAGUUUUGCCUUGAAGAAUGGGCAAAAAUCCCAGUGGCUAGAUGUGCCAAACUUAUAGAGACAUAUCCCAAGAGACUUGCAGCUGUAAUUGCGGCAAAAGGUGGCUCUACAAAGUAUUGACUUUGGGAGGGUGAAUAGUUAUGCACGCUCAAGUUUUGUUGUUUUGUAUUAUUUCCUGUUUGUUUCACAAUAAAAAAUAUUUUGCAGCUUCAAAGUGGUAGGCAUGUUGUGUAAAUCAAAUGAUACAAACCCCCCACAAAUCGAUUUUAAUUCCAGGUUGUUGUAAGGCAGCAAAAUAGGGAAAAAUCCAAGAGGGGUGAAUACUUUUGCAAGGUACUGUAUAUACUAGGCGAUGUCUGAGGAAGGCCCAAAAAAUGGUCAAAGACUCCAGUCACCCAAGUCAUAGACUGUUUUCUCUGCUACCGCACGGCAAAUGGUACCGGAGCGCCAAGUCUAGGUCCAAAAGGCUCCUUAACAGCUUCUACAGCCAUAAGACUGCUGAACAAUUAAUCAAAUAUCCACCAGGACUAUUUACAUCUUACCGGUUGUAUUUCUGUAUUGUUUAAUGUUACUGUGCCUUCAGAAAGUAUUUAUACCCUUUGACUUGUUCCAUAUUUUGUUGUGUUAGUCUGAAUUCAAAAUGGAUUAAAUUGAUUAUUUUUCUCAUCCAUCUACACACAAUACCCCAUAAUGACAAAGUGAAAACAUGUUUUUAGAAAUGUUUGCAAUUGUAUUGAAAAUGAAAUACAGAUAUCUCAUUUAUUCACACCCCUAAGUCAAUGUUAGAAUCACCUUUGGCAGUGAUUACAGCCGUGAGUCUCUUAAAUUAAGAGCUUUGAACACCUGGAUUGUGCAAUAUUUGCACAUUAUUCUUUUAAAAAUUCUUCAAGCUCUGUCAAGUUGGUUGUUGAUCAUUGCUAGACAGAUAUUUUCAAGUCUUACCAUAGAUCUUCAAGUCGAUUUAAGUCAAAAAUGUGACUAGGCCACUCAGGAACAUUCAAUAUUGUCUUGGUAAGAAACUCCAGUGUAUAUUUGGCCUUGUGUUUUCGAUUAUUGUCCUGCUAAAAGGUGAAUUUGUCUUCCAGUGUCUUUUGGAAAGCAGACUGAACUAGGUUUUCCUCUAGGAUUUUGCCUGUGCUUAUCUAUUCAGUUUCUUUUAUACCCCCCCCCCCCGCCCCCCCCGCAAAACCUCCUAGUUUUGCCGAUGACAAGCGUACCCAUAACAUGAUGCAGCCACCAACAUGCUUGAAAAUAUGAAGUUGUACUCAGUGAUGCGUUGUGCUGGAUUUGCUUCAAGCAUAAUACUUUGUAUUCAGGGCAUAAAGUUCAAUUUUUGCAGUUUUA